AUGGACAUAGGAUACAUAACCGAAAACUUUGUAGGGAAGGGUAUGAAGGAUAUGAGAUUGUGGAAAGGCCUUCAAGAGUAUAUCAUAGGGUGCUCGAAAUGCGAGAGUUCGGGAGGGCAUGCGGUUUAUCAAAUUCUUCUCUUAAUAUUACAUCACAUAUUUAUUAAGAUAUCUGCAUUCUUAUGGGUUUACUUGAUACUUUCCAGUUGGGUGUCUAAUGGGAUUGUUGGUUCACCAGCUUUUGCAGCUUAUGAUCAAGGCUUUGAUGUUUUCCUAGGGAAUUUUCGCGGUUUAGUUUCCAGAGAACAUGUGGAUAAAAAGAUCACCUCUCGACAGUAUUGGCGAUACUCAAUCAACGAGCACGGGACCGAGGAUCUUCCAGCAAUGAUAGAGAAGAUUCACGAGGUUAAGACAUCUGAGCUUAAAAUCUGCCAGCCCGAUGUCGAAGAAGAAACAAAAGAAGAUCAGCCUUAUAAACUCUGUGCAAUCUGCCACAGUUUGGGAGGGGCUGCGAUGCUGAUGUAUGUUAUAACAAGCCGAAUCGAAGAGAAGCCCCACAGACUCUCAAGAUUAGUGUUAUUGUCACCUGCUGGUUUCCAUUAUGAUUCCCCCCAGUAUUUACAGUUGUAGAGUAUCUAUUCCUUCUUUUGGGCCCUAUUCUGGAACCAGUUGUGCCUGGUUUCUAUAUACCAACCAGAUUCUUCCGCAUGUUGCUAAAUAAGUUGGCACGAGACUUCCAUAACUAUCCUGCGGUUGGAGGAUUGGUUCAGACCUUAAUGAGUUACGUUGUUGGUGGAGACAGCUCAAAUUGGGUUGGAGUAUUGGGGUUGCCGCACUAUAAUAUGAAUGAUAUGCCGGGAGUUUCAUUCCAUGUAGCUCACCACCUUGCUCAAAUGAAACAUUCGGGAAAAUUUAGAAUGUAUGAUUAUGGGAGUUCAUAUGCCAACAUGGAUGUGUAUGGAGCUCCAGAACCUUUGGAUCUGGGUGAGUACUAUGGGCUUAUUGACAUCCCUGUUGAUCUAGUUGCUGGACGUAAGGAUAGAGUAAUCCGGCCUUCGAUGGUGAGAAAGCAUUAUACAUUGAUGAAGGAUGCUGGUGUAGAUGCAACCUACAAUGAAUUCGAGUAUGCCCACUUAGACUUUACAUUCUCUCAUCGCGAAGAACUCCUGGCCUAUGUAAUGUCGCGUUUACUACUUGUUGAGCCUCCUCCAACUGAGAAGCGGCAGUGGGGUCAGAAAGCUGGAAAGCCAAGGAAGAAAGAACAGGUUAGUGCAUAAGUUGGAAACAUACAAAACCUAAAAGCCAUGCAGUUCCAUUUUUUGCUCACGGAUAUCGCAGGCAUGUUGUAUCUUUAGAUAAACAUUACUAUUAUUGUAUAUAAUCAAAUGCAUUCUCUGCUUCCUUGUAAUUAUCCGUACAGCUUCAGUACACAAGACAUCUUCUGGGUGAGGUGCUUGCAGGUUACCUAGAAAUGAGCAUAUGUAGUAGGAAGUAAGUUUGAUCAGGGAGUGUGUGCUUGUAACCUUACGAUAGAGAGGAUAGUUUCUGAAAAAUAUUCUUAUAAAACAAUGUUAGAGGAAAUCCUACAGCGGACAAAUAUGAGGAUAUGUAUAAUAUACAUUUGUUGCAUUACUUAUCUAUAACCACUAUAACUAUAUGGAUUUAGGUUAA